AUGCAACCAUUACCCUCUGCUGCCCUACAGAAUCGGCACUGGACAGAGAGCCACAGAUGGACCUGUACAUUCAUCAUCGCUAAUCGUGGUCAAAACAGUUCUAGCCACCUCUCCAGUGGCGUUCCAAAGUAUAGUGGGGACACUCAAGCCAAAACCGUAUUUCUAGUGAGUACGCAUAGACAGUAUAGUAUUGGUUACAUAUCGCAACCAGCCAUUGGUCGUUCACAGUACAGUGAGACACAGCAAGCUAAGGGCACUGAGCAGUAUACGCUGAAACAGCAACCAAGUGAUGCUAAGCAGUACAGCGGUGCGCAACAGUACUUUGGCGGCUACCAGCCUCUGGCGCCUACAUCGGCGAACAGCAAGGGCCGCGAGAAAGACCACAGUUCACCCAUUGCAAAGUCUGCUGGGGUGACUGAUACCGCAUUUGGCAAACGAUCACUCAGUGACAGUCAGGGUUACGCUGGUACACGGCGAGCCAGUGAUAGCCAACCGUACAACGGCAAGCAACAGCCCUUUGUCGGAUCUAAAUCUUGGACACCCACACCAGUGAACACCAAUAUCAUGAGCAAUAGUUCACCCACAACAAAGCCGAGUGGUGUAUCAACCGGCACACCGAAGUCGUCUAUAGAACAGUAUACUAGUAAGCAACCCACGUCAGGCGCCUUCGCAGUCAGUACAGCCUCAGCCGGCCCUUCCACCACCACAAGCAGGAGGUCUUCGCCUGGCAUCUCGCCUACAGCAAGCAGCGGAGACAUGCGAUCCUCGAGUAGACCUGGCACAACCGCACAAUGCAGCACUAACAUCAUUUGUAGCAGUAGCGAUACUAGCCUUGGAUAUUCAAGCGCUCCUCAUAAUACGAUGGUAUCAGUCAACAGGCGUAACUCAACGGGUGCAAGUAGCGGUAGAGAUAUCAAACAGGAUACUGCAGGGACCACCGGUGCUUUGCCACAGACUGGCAAGUGGGUGUCUAAAAUGGAGCAGGGGCUAUCUCGUGAUAGUAAGCCGUGUCUGUUUGGCUAUACAGGAGCCUCCGGGCCUGGAAAGAUCAGGAAGAUGGUAUCGAGGACGGAAAGCGACAUAGACUCGGGUAUCGAGAACAGUGAUAUCACGCAGUUUAUAAAUAGACGUCAGCGCGAAGGGGCUGGAUACAAGAAAGGCAUUGAUCGGGGUAAAAGUACUAAGCACGAGAAAGGGACCAAUCAAGCUAGUACAGCUGAACAAAAGAAGAAAUUCAGAGACAUUAGCAGCAUUCAAUGGAAGUCAGCAGUUACGAAGCUCGCGGAUGUGGUGGUGAACAGGGUACCCAAACAGGCACAGAUCACUGAGAAUGAGAAUAAGGAAGGUGUUACAAGUACGGUCCGGUGUGAGACCAAAGGAGGUGGCACCGGCAUGUUGAAACAGCAGCCACAGACAGUCGAAUACGAAUCUUUGCGCAACAGCACGAAUGUACAGGUGGGCGGCUCACUGCCUGGGACUGCUAGCACUGCUGCAGCACGAGCGUAUGCACACAAACGUUCAUCACCAUCCGCAUCCACACACGCACAGAGAGGGACGGAUACACCUGUGCAGAGUGGAACAGACCUGUAUGCACGACCGAAGUCGCCCGUAGAGUUAGGAGAAGAGAAGCAAAAUACGGUAACUGCUGUAGAAACCCCCCUGACGAUUUUAUCGCACACUGUACACCAAAUAGAACGAACAGCUACAACUACCACGCACGAUCAAACUCCUGCAACUACUACGGCAAAGCACCCCACAAGCGUACCACCCACUGUAUGUCCAACAGAACAAACCACUGCAACCAUCACACACGGUCACAGUUCUGUACCUACUACUGAAAAGCAGCACACAAGCGUACCACCCACUAUAUGUCCAACAGAACAAACCACUGCAACCACCACGCACGGUCACACUUCUACAACUACUACAGAAAAGGACUCUACCAGCGUACCACCCACUGUAUGUCCUACAGAACAAACCACUACAACCAUCACGCACGGUCACAGUUCUGUACCUACUACAGAAAAGGACUCUACCAGCGUACCAGCCUCUAUGGGUCGAUUAGAACAUACUGAAACAGACGCAUCGCGCAAACACGCCCCUGAAAUUACUAUAGUCGAGCCUCGAUCGACUGUCUCCGCGAAUGUACGUCCACCAGUACAAACCGCUGUCAACCCCAAGCGCGAUCCCGCCACUGGAGCUGCUAUAGUAACGGACCCUGCAAGGGUACCACCCACUGUAGGUCAACUAGUGGAAGAUUACACUAGUAAGACCACUGUAGAAAAGCUCCAAACAAGCAUAUCAGUUACUGUAGGCCAGGUAGAACGAAUCGCUGCAAUCACCGCUCAACCGCCAGCACUGUCUGAUAAAGUUGUCUCUGCUUCGACACCAGUACUCACUGCUGAUGUGGCCCUAGCGCGUGAAGGUAAAAACGUAGCGGAUACGGAGGAGCUUAUGCCUACAGAUGCAAAUGGAGGCGAUGUGUGUGACAAGAAGAGUGAGGUGGUGGAUGUGCAUGCAGGAGUGGGGACGAACGAAGGCUACUUGCGUGAUAGCAAGAGCGUAGGGGACACAGAUGGGCUUACAAGGACAGAGGCUAUAGCAGGCGACAUGCGUGAUAGCAAGAGUGAAAUGUAUACAGAAGCACAUACACAUGCUAGUGCGAAAGAUGGUGACGUGCGUGAUAGUCAGAGUGUAGUGGACACAAUUGGACAGCCACGGAUAGCUGCGAAUGCAGAUGAGUUUCGUGAUAGUACGAGUAUAGUACAAACAGGUUCAGAUACGACGGAGCCCAUUCUCACGCAACUUAAGGCGAGUGUAUGUGUGCCAGGGGGAACGGCGGCUUUGUUAGGCCCACCCGUAGUAAACCCUAAAACCUUAUACCCUGGGGACAUGGUAGCCGGUCACACAAGCACACUUGUAGGUCCUGGGGCACAGCCUAAAAUUAUAAACCCUGGGAACAUGGUAGCUGGUCACGCAAACACACUUGUGAGUCCUGUGGCACAGCUUAAAACUCAAAACCCUGGUGACAAGACAUCCGGCCACACAAGCACAAUUGAAGGUACUGUUGUACAGCCUAAAGCCCCAAGCCCUGGGGACAUGGUAGCCAGUCACACAAACACGGUUGUAGGUCCUGUGGUACAGCCUAAAACCAUAAGACCUGGGGACAUGGUAGCCGGUAACACAAACACGGUUGUAGGUCCUGUGGUACAGCCUAAAACCAAAAGCCCUAGGGGCAUGGUAGCCGGUCACACAAACACAGUUGCAGGUCCAGUGGUACAACCUAAAACCCUAAGCUCUGGGGACAGGACAUCCAGUCGCACAAACACACUUGCAGGUCCUGUGGUACAGUCUAAAACCCUAAACCCUGGUUGUAAGACAUCCGGUCACACAACCACAGUGGUAGAGCCCGAAACCCUAAACCCUGGGGACCACACAGUUGGUCACGUCAAUCCCAUUGCAGGCUGCGCUGUUCAGCCACCCGCAAGCUCAACAGCAUCAGUUACGGUUGGCACUACAUCGAAAGUGAAAUCUGCGGAUACAGCGCGCGCCACGGAUACGGCGAAGCGUGUACUUGCAGGCCAAGCGAAGGUGUUGGGAGUAACGUCGCCGCACGCCCAUGGCGCAGAUGGAUCCGAUAAGCGUGUAGGUAGCGAAGUCGGUGGAGAUUGUCCCGAUAGGAAUGUCGACAUCAAAACAGGGAGAAAGGACUACAAAAAGCGUUUAAUUAGCCAAGUAAAUGGGGUUAGUUUGAAUAAGCAUAUAUUUAGCAAAUUUGAUGGGAUUGAUUCAGAUAGGCGUGUGGAGAGCCAGACAGCAGGUUCGGAGGCACGCACCGUGGGAAUGAUGCAGGCGACGGGUGGGGAAGCACAACCGAUCGCACAUACAGCAGCGAGUGUGAGUGUGACUAGACAUGGUGGUACGACUCCAAUGGACCCUGAAGAAGGCGGAAUGCAGGAUACAGUAUCCGUCGGUACAACUGAGGUGGGAGACGGCGACAUAGGAAAAUUCACACAAACCACGAAGAACGUUACACAGCGAGCCCCCGCGACUAUCGACACGUGCGGGGGGGCGGCUGUAUACCGGUUUUCACACACUGUCGAUGUGGAUCGCAACCCGAACGAUGUGAAGCGUGAGCCCCAAACAAGUCGUGGGGUUUCACCCUCACUCCCGCCCUCGCAUUCUGCAAACACGAAGGGAACCCUAGAACCCUACGCCAGCGCUGAGGUUAAGCAGGAGCCUGCGAAGCUGCUCACGAGCAUGCUUUCUACUAAAAAGGUCAUCUCACCAGUACCUUCGAUCACGAUUGGGCCUAUAUCUCCUGGUGUGAGGCUUAGCAAAGCGGGCGUGGUGGCGAGGACAUCUGGAGAUACGUUGGCACCUGUUGUGAGUUUCGGUACUACAACGGGUGCAGUUGCGAAGACAUCUGGUGAUAAGUUGACGCCUGGUAUGAGUCCCGCUACUAAGGCGGGGAUAGUUGCGAAGACAUCGGGACAAACGCUGGCCCCUGAGCUCAGCAAUGAGAUACAGACAACCAAGAGCGAUGGCAAGACUGUAGGCGGUAUUGUGGAUGAGACUCAACGCAACAUACGGCCCCAAUCCAUGGUCUCUAAACCUGUGCGUGGCCCAGGUAAGUCACUCUACACGGAAACAAGCGACAAGCACACGAUCCCAAUUCAUACGGUAGUGCGUGGUACAAGCAAAGCACACCAUGUAGAAAAUAAGGACAAGGAUACGAUCCCAACGCAUACGGGAAAGAAAGGGACCGAGAUGGCAGAGAAUCGCCCGCAUUUGAUCGAUUUGAGUAAUGAGAGCGAUACAGAGGUGGUGCUGAAGAGGAGCGUGGGUAGCAAGGUCAAGGCGCAGCUCAGCACCAAGACUAUGGAGAGCUCGACGGCCAACCCUGUGGCGGGUACUAAACGUAAGGACACUAUUAUUAACCGGGUGAACAACACCCCCGGCAACGGAGAAACCGCAGCCAGCACCACACUGAGUGUGGGUGUGGGUGUGGGUGCGGGUGAUCGCAAUAGCACUGUAAGCGGUGCGCACGGACUUAUGUGUCCGCACGAUGGCUGUCGGAGUGCCUGUCGGACAUCCGAGUAUCUGAGAAAGCAUAUACAACUGUGCCACCCGACCAGGGGAGAUGGGGUUCCGACACAAGGGAGCACUCCGGCUAGUGAUGGUAUGAAAGUACCGUCUCUGCAGGAUAUGGACUUUGAUUUGGACCUGAACACCUCGAGCCGUCAGGAUACGGACACGGAUACGGAUGUGAAUGCUGAUACGCACACGCACACGCACAGAGUCAAGCAUGAGCGCAUGAAUGUGGCACUGGUGGAUGGGCAGGCAAACGCAGGCGACGGGUUAGUAUCUUCUGCGACACCCCCUGUUGUAUGCACACAGGCAGCACCUGAUCAGAAAGAUAUGCCACAGUUGGAGACAGUCUCAUCCGGGUUUACACAGACGAAGAAGACGACGACAAUGCCAUCUCUCGUUCAGAAGGAGCUGGGGAGUGCUGUGCCAGUGAGUGUGGGUAUGCGCAAUGGAGCCGAGGCGCAAGGGAAAUCGGGGCCGAAGGAACGCAAGAGGCGGGAUAAACCAGUCCCAAAUACACGUAAACCAGGUUAUGAUCCAAUUUUGCCAGCUUCCGCGCCACCCGGCAUAGUCACCAUCUCGCGAUCGGGUAUGAACAUCUCACGACCCCUGGAGACCGUUCCACAUUCCUCGGCCAAUAUCCCAUCCAGUUCACUACCCUCGAAUGUUCGGGCUCAUGUUGAUGUUAUAGUCGCGAAGCCUAAGGGUACGGCCAGUGUGCAUGAGAGUGCUGUGGCACACCCAACCGUCGGCAGUAGGAAGAGUUCUGCACAUGAGAAACGAUCCAAGGGCGCUGCGAAGCAGAGUAAGCGGAAACGUACCUACUUUAGUGAUAGUAGUGGUGACGACGAGACGGUUGCUAAGGAGAUUGCUAAGGACCGCAAGCGGAAGCACAUAGUACACCGUGAAAGCAGCGGCAUGUCGCAGAACCGAGGCCAACGAAAAUACAUCCUAUCAAGCGAUGGUAGCAGCGGCAGUGACUUCGAUAGCCAAAGCCCCGACUUAGUGCACAACGCACACAAGCAGGCAAAACGCCGUAAGUGGAUGUCGAAUGUGACACACUGGUCUCAGUCUGGUGGCCAUGACAUAGACAGUGGGAAUGAGAUCGGCACGUCUGAGGUUGGCAGUGACGGGUAUUGUAAGCGGUGUCAUAUAUACACGCUGCAACUGGGUGAGACGUGUACGUGCGAGAAGGUACACGCGGUCAGCAAACAUGCGGAACGGCGGCGGUCCACUCGGCCCACGAGAAAGGUGAUGGUGGUUGGUAGUGAGAGUGGGAGUGAGAGUGGGAGUGAGAACGGCCGUGAGAGGGAAGAUGGGGGGAGCAGUGGCAGUGGGGAGGACGACGAUGUCAGCUAUGAGAUGCCGGAUGAAACCCAGCACCUUACAACCCAGCACCCUAAAACCCUAAACUCGGGAAGUGGUGGGGUGCAGGCGAGUAGGGGAACCACCCAGGGCGGUGGUCUGAAAGAAAACAAAGGCGGCGAUGUGCAACACCACCGGGAGACCAAGACCACACAACACACACUCGAUGAUAAGAGCACUCCGCGGACGGAGCCGAGCAAAGGUCCUAAGCGGUGGCGAUGGUCUGAGUGGUCUGAGAGUAAAGAUGGGAGCGGAUCUAAGCCCAGGGCCAAUGCUAAGGUGAAGGGCAAAGCUCUCACUGAGAGUGUAGCAGACGGGACAAGCACCAAGCAGAAGGAGGUGCGGGGUAGCGGGAAGGCCGCGGCGAUUGCCCAGUCGAGUAGUCCAGCGAGUUUGGGACAGUGCGCUGAUGCAGGUACAGGCGUGGGGAAGAGAGUGAUAUCACACGGUGAUCUAGGUGCAAGUAUGGGGACGAAGGUGAUAUUUCAUUAUGAAGGAGGUACAAGAGAGGGGAAAAAGGUCAUGUCACACGGUGAUAUAGGUACAGGCAUGAGGAAAAGGGUCAUAUCACACGGUGAUUUAGGGACAAGCGUUGGGAAGAAGGUCAUAUCACACUUUGAAGCCGGUACAAGCAUGGGGAAAAAGGUGAUUUCACACGGUGAUAUAGAUACAAGCAUGGCCAAGAAGGUCAUAUCACACUUUGAAGUCGGUACUACUCUGGGGAAGAAGGUGAUUUCGCCUGCAAAGGUGCCGGGUGGACUGGCGCAGCGCGCGCGAAUGGGCCAGUCUCCCAGUGGUGGCAAGAAGGAUUCGGGGUCACGUAAGCGGUUGAAACAGACGGAUGUGAAGCGGUUGGAAGAUAGAGAGGGGUCUAAUGGCGAGCACAGUGGUGUGACUUCUAGUGAGACAAUACCUGCCGCACGGGGUAACCACGGCAACAUGAGUGAGGCUGCUGGCGAAUCAGCUUCCGCGAAGGAGAGCGGUGAUAAGCAAAAAGGUGCGCGUGACGAUAGUUUUAACAAGGGUAAGAAAGCCUUGGCAAAGGAAGCGAGCCGCAGUAAACUACCCGGUGAUAAUUCAAAGCCGUCUGGUGCAGAUAACGUAAACACGUCUAGUAUAACAACGAGCACUUGGGAGACCCAUGGCACGGGCGACCAGACCGCCAUGCCAGCGGCCGUUCCCCUGACACCACCCCACGUGUCACACCCACCACUACACACGUUGUCACAGUCAAACUCACCACCCCACACGUUGCACCCACCCCACGCCACGGCACCAGCAGCGCAGGAGGCACCGGACGCCCAAGAUGAUCUGUUGAUGUGUCCCAUGAGUGGCUGUGACGAGCAGAUGGCUCUGCGCCACAUCAAACGGCACCAGGUGUUAGUGCACAUGGGGGGGCUCAUGUGUGUAGAGGGGUGUGGGGCGUUCUUCUUCGGCGAGCACGAACUGGCGGCGCACAGGACGUGGCAUCUGGACAGGGAGAAGGAGCGCAGGAAGUACGAGACCCUCAAUCGAUUGAAGCAGAUUUCUUCGGCUGCAGGGCCAGACUCGCGGGUAGUGCCGGUGGAGAGGUAUACGCGAACGUCUGUGACGGCACAGAUACCUGGGCAUGCGGGGGACGCUGCGACCGGACAGAGUACGGCUGAUGUGCAAGGACACUCUCAGGCACACGGUAGCCCUAGCAUAAGAAAUAUACACACCACACAUACGGGGGAUGGCAGCAACACACGUACAGUAGUCGAACAAAACACCCACAGAGAUCAUAGCACCAACACACAUACAGCGGGUCACAAGUCAACAUACCAGGACGCGCCAGUGCCAGUGCGGCAAACGGCUGUGAAACGCGAUCGAUUAAGGAUUAUGUGUGCGUGGAGCGAGUAUUGCAAACGAGUGUUUGUGAGUGAAGCCAAGUACAACCGACACCUAAAACGCGCGCAUCGGUGCCGACACCCCACGUGCGACCGGAAGAAGCAGUACACCAACAAGGGCAAGUUUAAGGAACACAACGAGCGCAAGCACAAGAAGCACACGUACGCCUGUGAGCUGUGUGAGGGUAUGUACGAUACCACGACCGAACUACAGGCCCACUGUGUGGUGGCGCAUGACGGCGUCGUGCCCUGUGCGGUGGGUGCGUGCUCAGAGUACUUUGACGGCCAAAACAGCAUGCGAGCUCACUUUCGGCACCACUUUGGGGACGGAGAGGAGUACCAGUGUGACUGGAAGGGGUGCGUGGUAUCCUUUGCUGACGAAGUGGACUAUCUGUGGCACAAGAAAUGGCCCCACAGAUGUCCGUGGCGCAAGUGUGAGCGGACAUUUAUCGAGCGGUACGACUUUGAGACGCAUCUGGAGAUGGACCAUGCCAAUGAGAAGACGGAACGGUGUCUGGCGCUCGGGUGCGGGGCCAUGUUUUCGAGUGGCCGGGAUGUGAAGAAGCACGUGGAUAAAAAGCACCCCACGUGUGCGAUCGAUGUGGAGGCGGAGUUGAAGAGACGUAUGGAGAGCAAGGCGAAGGGCAUUAGCCAUAUAGCCGUGCCUUCUUGGCCGUUGUCGUGGUAUUCUCAAGUGUGAACUCUUUCUGCGAAGCUGAAGAAACGGAUGGAGAGCAAGGCUAAGGGAAAUGCCAUAUAGUUGUGCCACUUGGUCAUUGUCAUGAUAUUCUCAAGCGCGAGCACCGCCAAUGAGAAGGCGGAUACUCAGAUAAUUCGGAGUGGUGUAUUGUGAUUAGCUUUUGGGAUGGUGGCCUUGAGUCUAUUCAGGAUUCGCAUACUAAAAGGUGCCAUUGAAUUGGGAAAAACAGUGUGUGAAUUAGGACUGGAAUAUUUUCCUGAUUCAACCCCCGAGUACAUCACACCCAAAAAGGUGUUUGGCAAUCGUAGACAAAUACAAAGGGGCCGGGUGUGUUUUAAACACCGGUGUGGCAUGCUCGGCGUUUGUGCCUCAGGAUACGCAACGAGGCGGCUGUGAGUAGAUUGCGGAUGAAGUAACUUGUGACGGUAGCUAAUCAAUGGAGCAAACAUAUGCAUUGGAAAGCAUAUGUAUUUUAAUUUAGUAAUAUUUCACACGAACAAUUAAUAAAAUAAAAAAGGAAAUGUACUUCGGC